AUGAAAUUACAAGAAUUUAAGGAUGGAUGUAAAGGAACUGGGUUAACAACAAAUGAAAUAAAUAAAAUGCAUUCGAUUAUAGCAAUAGUUGUAUUUUAUAGAGUGAGUGAUGAAUAUGUUUUAUCAAAGAUAAUAGAUGAUAUUGACAAUGGGACAGUUUCAGUAGCAAACAAAUACCAAAUGAAUGAAGUUGUAAUGAUAUUACGAUUUCUCAAGAAACAAUCAACUCAUUUAUCUCAAAUUGAAUUUAAGAAAAUUACAGCAAAAGAAGAACGGUUUUGGAAUAUGAUUCAAGAAGUUGAUUUAAGUAGUAUGAAUGAUCAAGAAAAAGAAGAAUAUUGUGUUGAAUAUAUUAAUGGAUUUGGAUUUAGAAAUAUUUGUGAAUGGAUAAAGAAAAUAAAAACACCAUAUUAUUUAUAUGCAUUUUCUGUAAUACAAUAUAUUCUUGCUAAAACAAAUCAUUAUGAUAAUAUCUAUGAAAUAUUAUAUAUUUUUAAUACACCUGAAAAAGUUCAACAUGAAACUUUUAUUUCAUUAUUUGAAGAAUUAUUUGUUACAAUAAGAACUCAAUAUCAUCUUGAUUCAUUUAUUAAAAUUAUUGGAUUAUGUGUUGAUACUCCAAAAUACUUUUCUAAAAAACAAGUUCUUUUAAUUAAUGAGAUUUAUGAUACUUGUAAUAAAAUUAAAGGAAUUGUUAAUUCAAAUGAAAAUGAGACAUCAUUAUUUGAUAAAAGUAUAUUAAUAGAAGUUAAAGAAAGAGCUCAACAACGAUAUGAUGAGAUGAAAAGAAAACAAGAACCCGAAAAAAAACGAAUAGAAGAACAAAUAAGAAAGAAAAGUCUAGAAGAAACAAAAAGAAAAAGAUCUCAUUCUAGGCACUCAACAGAAACACAACUUAAAUCAUUGUAUUUAGAAGAUACAUCUGAAAGAAAUAAAAUAGGAAAUUAUUAUAAUAGAUUAUCUAGUAGAACAUUUGAAGAAGAAAAGAAAAAAGUAUUUUCAUUAGAUGACUUACCUGGAUUUGGAACAAAUGAAUUAAGAGUAUUUGAUGAAAAAAAAGGAAGUAAAGAUACAACACAAAAUAAAGAAGUUAGUGGAUCAUUAUUACCUGAAUCAAGUGAAGAUGAAGUAUUUGAUACAAAAGACGUAAAACAUCAUCAAAAUAUAUCUAUUUUAUUAAAAAGACCAAAAGAAGGUAUUAGGUAUAUUCAAGAAGCAAUUGAAAUUGGAGGUAUACAGUCAUAUUCAUAUGAAAAUAAAAUGAAAGAAUUAAUGAUCGAAUUUGAAACACCACAAGAUUUACAAAUGUUUUUAAGAACAAGAAUAAUUGGAGGAACAAAUUGUAAAACAUUUUAA